AUGGGGGGCUCGUUGUUGCUUUUGGCAAAAUAUGUGGAUGGGGAAAGAAAGUAUGCAUGUGAGUGUCCUUUCCUGGAAAUAAAUGUUUGGAGGAAAAGAGAACAGCCCAUCUUCACCACCAGAGCCCAUGUCUUCCAAAUUGACCCCAGCACGAAGAAGAACUGGGUUCCCGCAAGCAAGCAGGCUGUAACUGUUUCCUACUUCUAUGACAGCACGAGAAACAGCUAUCGGAUUAUCAGUGUGGAUGGAGCCAAGGUGAUCAUAAACAGCACAAUCACACCUAACAUGACCUUCACUAAAACAUCGCAGAAGUUCGGCCAGUGGGCGGACAGCAGAGCAAAUACCGUGUUUGGUUUGGGCUUUCCCUCCGAGCAGCAGCUGACGAAGUUUGCAGAGAAAUUCCAAGAAGUAAAAGAAGCUGCCAAACUAGCAAGGGACAGAUCUCAAGAGAAAAUUGAGACCUCAAGCAAUCAUUCCCAGGAAUCUGGACGUGAAACACCAUCUUCCACUCGAGCAUCUAGUGUGAACGGGACAGACGACGAGAAAGCAUCGCAUGGUGGUCCUGCCGAGGCACAUCUCAAGUCUGAGAAUGAUAAAUUAAAAAUUGCUCUAGCCCAAAGUUCAUCCAACGUGAAGAAGUGGGAGACGGAGCUGCAGACGCUGCGGGAGAGCAACGCCAGGCUGACCACGGCGCUGCAGGAGUCCGCGGCCAGCAUCGAGCACUGGAAGAAGCAGUUCUCAGCCUGCAAGGAGGAAAACGACCAGCUCAGGAGCAAGAUUGAAGAACUGGAGGAACAGUGCAAUGAAAUAAAUAAAGAGAAGGAAAGAAACGCGCAGCUGAGUAGACGUCUCCAGGAACUGGAAACAGAACUUCAGGACAAAGAGCUGGAACUGGAAGAGCUCCGAAAGCAGGGUGAAGUUAUACCACAGCUAAUGUCAGAAUGUGAAUCUGUAUCUCAACAAUUACAGGCUGCUGAGAAAAAGAACAAAGACCUUGAAGAGAAAGUCAGAACGCUAAGGACAGAAGUUGAAGAGAGCAAACAUAGGCAGACCAACCUUAAAACUGAAUUAAAGAAUUUUUUAGAUGUACUAGACGGGAAGAUAGAUGAAUUACAUGAUUUCCGACAAGGACUGUCUAAACUUGGGGUUGACAACUAGAUGGCAAUAGAUUUUUUUGUAAUCUAGGGUCUGGAUGUUUGAUGUUUUGUUGAUCCCAAACCUGUGUUUCACAAAAUAUAACUAGAAUGUUCCA